UGCCCACCACCACCGGCACCUGUAUGUCCACCACCUCGACCACGUUGUCCUAAACCAUCUUGCGUUCCGUUCGUUUCCGCGUGUGAGCAACAGACGCCUGCACUUUCUUCCAAUCAUGAUUGCUGUCAUGCUUGUGAUGAAGCUUCAGACUGCUCGAUGGAAGUAGGUAACGUAGGCAUGAGCUUCGACAGUGCUAGAAAAAUGAAACGGCAUAUGCAUAAGUCUUCAAGAGUUUCCAAGCGUGACGUAGAUGGAAAUGUUGAUUUAACGUGCAACAGUGAGAAACUCAAAGCACUUAUGUUUAUUAACAAGAGUAGUUCGGAGUCAAAACGUGAUAUCCAGAAAGCAGCCGAAAUGGAAUUUAAUACUAAAUUCAACGUGAUAUGUUCGGAAGCUUCAUUCUCUUAUGUGGCUCACACCAAUGUUUAUUGUCAGACAUCGAAUGCGAAUGUCACGUGCUAUGCUUUCCAAGCAAACUAAAU